CUCCAUCUCUUAUAACAAAAAUGUUACAUUUACUUGGUGUUAAUUUACCUGAUAGAAAAUUAGUAAGUACAGCACUUCAAUAUUUUUAUGGCAUUGGUGAGCCAACAGCAUACAAGAUUUGUCAAAACCUAUCUAUUCCAACCACACUCAAGGUAGCUGAACUAUCAGAAAUUCAAAUUAACGAAAUAACGACUACCUUGUCUAACAUGACUAUUGAAACUGACCUGAAACGAGAAGUGAGAGACCACAUUAUGCAUCAUCGUAACAUUAAUAAUUACAUUGGAAGAAGACAUGCUAUGAGUUUACCUGUUCGAGGUCAAAGAACAAGAAAUAAUGCGAAAACAGCAAAGAAAUUAAAUGGUCGAUGGGUACAACGUCGAGGCAUCUCUAUGUGGACACAGUUACAACAGGGACCUUUAAAUAAGUUUCUAGAGAGAUACAAUUCAAUGUAAAAUAAUCAUAAUAGUAGUAGUAAUAAAUAAAUAAAUAAAAUAAAAAAAAAUUGAAUAUUUAUUAAUAUU